GAUUACCUUUGUCCGUGUAAACGCAACUAUUGUUUAAUAAUGUUUAUGCCUCCAGUUGCUCUGGAGUGGAGAGCAAAAUGAUUCUCUGUUGAUGAACUGAUGCAAAACUGAGGAAUUCUGGGAGUCUACAGACCAGCUGAAGGUCAGAUGACGGCCACUCCUCUUCAGUUUUACUGGCUGCUGGGUCACCUGGUGGUAAAUCCUCCAUGAAACACAGAAGGAUGAAGGUUCAAAGGAACUAAUGACUUGUUUGGAGGCAGUGGUCUUCAUGGAUCUCAACAUGUUUGUCAUUUAUUUAGAGUUUCUCCAAACAUUUCAGGUUUACAGCAUGAACUUCAUGGAUUCUCUGAAACAGACAUUUCAUCUGAACUUAACUUCAGAUUAACCUCCAGUUUCUCCUAAAUGUCAGUCAUAAACUCUGCCUGUCAACCUUCUACAAUCACCCAACUAUUAUUUCCCAACUUCCUGUACCAAGCGAAACUCAAUAUUACUCCUGGUUAAACCUACUGGGCUAAACAGAAACAAAUAAAUCAAUAUACAUCUGAACAUCUGAAGUACAUAAAGAAUGACCACGGUCUGAUAGAAACAAAACAUGGUGAACACCUAUAAAGCUAGUAGCACAAAAUAAAGUCUUACUCAGUGGCCUUGUAGUAUAGUGUCCCCCCUGAGACUGGAAGGUCAUGAGCCCUGAGAGGGCCUGCGACAUCAUUGUGGCAUGUGUAGUUCUCCAUACUAUUGCCAUAUUUAGAGGGUAACAACACCCUGCCCUACACAUACAAGACCCAGAGGAAGACCCCAACCACCCUCCAGAUUUCCAGGAUGGAAGGGUGGUCCGAGACCUUAUAUGCCACCAUUCAUUCUCAGAUUGAAUCAACCACCACAACAAGAAGAAAAAAGAUAAACAAAAAAAGAAUCCCACAAUCAAUAAAUUCAAGUCACAAUUUAUUUGGUCGUCCUCAUUUCCUACAAAUUGAAAAGCAAGAGUAAGAAUUCAAUAUUCAUCCAAAACCUUUAUAGAAUUCACCAAUCACAAUAUACACCAUACCUGUAGCUUGUGUUUUAGGAUCUCAAUUUCCAGAUCUGACUUAAGGAUCUGUCGAUCUAAGUAGGACAUCUCUUUAUCAGUUUUCUCAAUUUGUUUAAUAAGAUGAAGUCUAUAUAACUCCUUAACUGGUAACUGAAAAUACAGUAAUGUGGGGUUAAAUCCUGUUCAUUCAACAUGAAUUCCAUAGAAUAACACUCUGGCAUUUACUGUACGUCACUGAACUGUGUUCAUCCGUGCAGAGGAGUUUGAUGGACCUUCCACCUCCUCCUCCUCCUUCUCAUCCUGUGGCGGUUGUUCCUCCACACUCUGGAGGGUGGGGACGGGGGGAGGACAAGAAUAGGUUAGUCGAGUUGAUCAAAUCCUGCAGAACCAUUCAGGAGAAAGGCUGAAGCUGAUUGGUCCAAUGCACAACCCAGUUAAAAAUCAACACAACAUGAGGAAGUGAUGUGUUCUCAAAGCAAACCAGAAGAGGAAGGAGCAGAAUCACUGGUCUUAGCUGCAGCUGCAUUCACAUGGUGAAGGAGGAAGGUGUGUGUGAGCUGAUGUGGGUCCAGUGAAUCCAACAGCAUGGAUCAGUGGGAGGAACCACAGGAGGGAGCCCCUCCCUCUAAAAGCAGAGAUGGUAACCAUGACAACCAGAGCAAAGCUCAGAGAGGUCAACAGGUCACACAGAGAGUCCAGUCUGCAGCCUCCAGCUGUGGAUCCAUGAAGAGUGACCGGUCCAGAUAUGAUCCUCCAGACUUCAGAACUGAACCAGGACCUUCAGACUCACAACUGGACCAGCAGAGCUCAGAGACUCCCAGUGGUCCGUCUGUCCAGCAGCAUCAAACACAGCUGGACUCCAUCUUUCUGCUGCUGGAGGACAACAUUGUCACUUUUGUCAAGAAGGAGCUGAAGAAGAUCCAGAAGCUUCUGAGUCACAGGGAGGAAGAGGAGGAAGAGGAGGAGCUGGAGGAUGAAGAUGAAGAGCAGAGGAGCAGCAGAGAGUCUCUGAUGAAGAUCACAGUGAACUUCCUGAGGAGAAUGAAUCAGGAGGAGCUGGCUGAUGGUCUGCAGAGCAGAUCUUCUGCUGCAGUUUGUCGACAUGAAGUCCAAUCUGGUCUGAAGAAGAAGUUCCAGUGUUUGUUUGAGGGGAUGACUAAAGCAGGAAACCCAACCCUUCUGAAUGAGAUCUACACAGAGCUCUUCAUCACAGAGGGAGGAAGAGGAGAGCUGAAUGAAGAACAUGAGGUCAGACAGAUUGAAGCAGCAUCCAGGAAAGCAGACAGAGCAGAAACAAGCAUCAGACAAGAAGAGCUCUUCCAACUCCCAGCUGGAAGACAAGAACCAAUCAGAACCGUGAUGACUAAGGGAGUGGCUGGCAUCGGGAAAACAGUCUUAACACAGAAGUUCACUCUGGACUGGGCUGAAGGCAAAGCCCACCAGAACCUCCACUUCACAUUUCCAUUCACUUUCAGAGAGCUGAAUGUGCUGAAAGAGGAGAAGUUCAGCUUGGUGGAACUUGUUCAUCACUUCUUCCCUGAAACCAAACAAGCAGGAAUCUGCAGCUUUGAAGACUUCCAGGUCCUCUUCAUCUUUGAUGGUCUGGAUGAGUGUCGACUUCCUCUGGACUUCCACAAGACUCAGAUCCUAAAUGACCCUAGAAAGUCCACCUCAGUGGCUAAUCUGCUGACAAACCUCAUCAGGGGGAACCUGCUUCCCUCUGCUCUCCUCUGGAUAACCACACGACCUGCAGCAGCCAAUCAGAUCCCUGCUGAGUGUGUUGACAUGGUGACAGAGGUCAGAGGGUUCAAUGAUCCCCAGAAGGAGGAGUACUUCAGGAAGAGGUUCAGAGAUGAAGAGCAGGCCAGCAGGAUCAUCUCCCACAUCCAGAGAUCCAGAAGCCUCCACAUCAUGUGCCGAAUCCCAGUCUUCUGCUGGAUCACUGCUACAGUUCUGGAGGAUCUGCUGAAGAGCAGAGAGGGAGGAGAGCUGCCCAAGAGCCUGACUGACAUGUACAUCCACUUCCUGGUGGUUCAGGCCAAAGUCAAGAAGGUCAAGUAUGAUGGAGGAGCUGAGACAGAUCCUCACUGGAGUCCAGAGAGCAGGAAGAUGAUGGAUUCUCUGGGAAAACUGGCUUUUGAGCAGCUGCAGAAAGGAAACCUGAUCUUCUAUGAAUCCGACCUGACAGAGUGUGGCAUCGAUAUCAGAGCAGCCUCAGUGUACUCAGGAGUGUUCACACAGAUCUUUAGAGAGGAGAGAGGCCUGUACCAGGACGUGGUCUUCUGCUUCAUCCAUCUGAGUGUUCAGGAGUUUCUGGCUGCUCUUCAUGUCCACCGGACCUUCAUCACCUCUGGACUCAACCUUAUGGAGGAAGAACGAUCACAGAAGAAAAGAUCCCUAAUGACUCUCAAACUGAAACAAUAUAGUCCAGUCCAGUUCUACCAGAGUGCUGUGGAGAAGGCCUUACAGAGUCCAAACGGACACCUGGACUUGUUCCUCCGCUUCCUCCUGGGUCUUUCAUUGCAGACCAAUCGGAGUCUCCUACAAGGUCUGCUGACUCAGACAGGAAGUAGCUCGCAGACCAAUCAGGAAACAGUUCAGUUCAUCAAGAAGAAGAUCAGUGAGGAUCUGUCUGCAGAGAAAAGCAUCAACCUGUUCCACUGUCUGAAUGAACUGAAUGAUGGUUCUCUAGUGGAGGAGAUCCAACAGUUCCUGAGGUCAGGACGUCUCUCCACAGAUAAACUGUCUCCUGAUCAGUGGUCUGCUCUGGUCUUCAUCUUACUGUCAUCAGAAGAAGAUCUGGAAGAGUUUAACCUGGAGAAAUUCUCUCCUUCAGAGGAGGUUCUUCUGAGGCUGCUGCCAGUGAUCAAAGCCUCCAACAAAGCUCUACUGAGACACUCGAAGCUGUCAGAGAGAAGCUGUGCAGCUCUGUCCCCAAUUCUCAGCUCUCAGUCCUCCAGACUCAGAGUUCUGGACCUGAGUUUCAACGACCUGGAGGAUUUAGGAGUGAAGCUUCUGUCUGCUGGACUAAAGAGUCCAGACUGUAAACUGGAGAGUCUCAGGUUAAUGAGAUGCAGUUUGUCAGAUAUCAGCUGUGAAGCUCUGGUCUCAGCUCUGAAGGAAAACCCGUCCCAUCUGACAGAACUGGACCUGGGCGACAACAACCUGGAGCAUUCAGGAGUUCUUUAUCUGUGUGGUUUUCUGAAGAGUCCACACUGUAGACUGCAGACUCUGAGGUUGAGCAGCUGCAGAUUGUCAGAGUACAGCUGUGAAGAUCUAGUCUCUGCUCUGAAGAAAAAUCCGUCCAAUCUAACAGAACUGGACCUGAGCGACAACGAGGACCUGCAGGAUCCAGGAGUUCUUCAUCUGUGUGGUUUUCUGGAGAGUCCAGACUGUAGACUGCAGACUCUGAGGUUGGAGUGCGGCAGUUUGUCAGAGAUCAGCUGUGUAGCUCUGGUCUCAGCUCUGAAGAAUAACCCAUCUAAUCUGACGGAACUGGACUUGAGCUGGAAUGACCUGGAGCAUUCAGGAUUUCUUCAUCUCUGUGAUUUUCUGGAGAGUCCAGGCUGCAGACUGCAGACUCUGAGGUUGAGGGGCUGCAGUUUGUCAGAGACUGGCUGUGAUGCUCUGGCCUCAGCUCUGAAGUCCAACACAUCCCACCUGACAGAACUGGACCUGAUGUUCAACUUCCUUGAUGAUUCAGAAGUUCAGCAGCUCCAGGAUCUGGUGGAGAGUCCAAACUCCAAACUGCAGACUCUGAGGUGGGGUAACUAAAGCGUCUGAUGUUCCUCCUGGAGGAGCAGAGAGGAGCAGCAGCAGCAGCUGGUCUGCAGAGAUGUUGUGACUGGACGGUGUUCCUGGGAGGUGGAGAGCAGAGUGAUGGAGGAAUCAGAGGAAGUGGAGAUGAGUGUCAGAGCUGCAGCAGGAACUGAUCUGAGAUCAGCUCCACUGUCUCUCUCAGCAUCAAGUGGACAGUUAUUGUGCUGCAGCUCCCCCGGUGGACUGAUGGAGAACUGCACGUCCUCUUCUCAUUCUAACUUGGAGUGUUGAUCUGAAACAUGGGUUGGAUUCAGAUGUUCAGCAGCUCCAGGAUCUGGAGAAAAACAGACCUGCAGACAAACAGAUUAUUUUCUAGAUCAUCACUUUCUUCUUUGAUCUACAUUUGAUGGACAGAUGUGAGUUUGGGAUGGACCAAUCAGGGAUUGAGGGAAUCAUUGAUCAGACAGAACAUUUCUGGAUGACAUAGAUCUAUGUGUGGGUCAGGGGAAAACACAGUCAGGCGUUGGAUCCUGGUUCUGUCUCUGGAACAGGGACAGAACCAGAACUUUGGAUCACUAGAUUCUGGUUCCUGAUGUUUCACACUUGAUUUCUGUUCUCCAGAAACUCUCAUUGACAAACAAACACAGAGUUUCAUUCAGAAAACUCCAACAUGGUCAUGUGACCAGAAUGUUCAUAGUGGAGACACGGACAAACGCUGUGGUCACAUGACUCACUGGUUUGGAUUCAAGUCCUUUGAAGUCAGUUUUUGGAGCAGAACUCCCGUCUGAUCUCAGUUAGUGAACAAAAGUCUCUCAGUUGAAUCAUUUUUCUAUCAUCUCUGUUCUGUUGAUGAUCAAAUAUUGACUCAUGCAGUUUAAAAGACUGAGUUUUGCUUUGAUUGAUGUUUUCCACAGUUUUCUGACUGAACUUUCUUUUUCUUUGGUGUUUUGAGGGUAAAACUCUGUUCUUUUUCAUGCUGACAGCAUUUUUAGCUGCAGUUUUAAAGAAGUUUCAUCUAAAUCCAGUAGAAUCUCCUCAUUUUCUAGAAUAUCUAAACUAGUAGAAACUUUCUGAGCAUAAAGCCUGUUUUCUCCAGAGGACAUGAAUGAACAGAGUGGAUUUUAGUGAGGAACGACAGCCUCUGGAUGCAGAGAAUCACUUUGAUGCAGCUGCUGCAACAACACCAACUGCAUUAAAGCAGGAGGAAGAAGGGAGACACAUGCUGGCUGUUUGCAGAACUGCAUCUCAGUGUCAAAAGGCUUCAAACUGAAAACUGUCUAUAAAAUUCCUGCUGCCUGUUUGGAUCUAAUAAAUGCUCUUUUGAAUCAA